AUGACACGAUGCAUGUCUACGGGGCAGGGAGAAACUCUCUCGCUCGGGGACUCCAAGUCCUAUGAGGCUGGGGACGAUGGGAGGAGGAACCCUUCCCAUAUCCGGCAAGGAGAAACUCUCUCGCUCGGGGACUCCAAGUCCUAUGAGGCUGGGGACGAUGGGAGGAGGAACCCUUCCCAUAUCCGCACGGCUUUCACACUGAAGGAUCCCAGUGGACACCAUAAACCUAAUGCACCUAGCAGCGCUGAAAUUGCAGUCACCUCUGAGGUGGAAAGGGACCACAGGUGUAUCUUUUCAGAGAAUAUGGAUGGGUCUGAAGAGGUAGAAAGGGAAGAAGAAAACGAGGGCAAGAGUGACAAUGUCCAGAAACCCGGCUUUGUCAAAGGCCCGGCGGUCUUCAAGGGACUGGCGUCGAGCCGUUUCUUACCCAAAGGUACCCGGACAAAAGUGAAUCUGGAGGAACAAGGGAGACAGAAGGUCUCUUUCAGCUUCAGCCUCACCAAGAAGACGUUGCCAAACCGGUUUCUGGCCGCAUUGGGGAACGAGAAGCUAAGUGAAGGCCCAAGCACGUCGCUCCCACCCCUUCCGAGUGACUUCACUUCUAAGGCAAAAACAGAACUCGGCGAUCCCUUGGGGGUCUCCGAGGAAUUUUCCCCCCCAAAGCCAAAGGCGGAACUGGGCAAGAUUCAUUUCAAGAAACAUUUGCUAAAUGUUACCACAAAACCUUUCCCGGUUUCUGCAGUGCCACCAGUCCCAGUAGCUCCACCGCCACCUGCUGCAGUAGAAUUGGGGGAGAUGCCGUCAUCCCCUCCUCCCCCUCCUCCCCCUCCUCCUCUGCAGAUAAAACCAGCUCCCACACCAGUGCUGAUUCCAAUAAGUGCACCCCAAGUUGCAGCACCAGCCCCCAUCACUCCUCUGCUGAUACCCUUUGUGGAAACCGUCAUCCGAACGGCAAAAGAACCACUGCCCAAUCCAGCACAGGAGACUUUGGAACUACAGAAUGCCGUGGUAGGGGAUUCUGAAGCACCCCUGGCUCCUGGUGUUUCUGAGGAUGUCGAACCAGCACUGGUGAAAAGACAUCCCCACGCUGCGAAGGAAGAAGAAAUUGCAGAAGUUCCCAAGGGUGCUCCAAGUUCAAAGAAACCAAGGAGAAAGUUCUCAUUGUCAGAGGGGGCAUUGCCGGGUUCUGAAUCUGAUGAAGAUUCGGUGAGGACCUCCUCAAGUCAGCGGUCCCACGAAAUCAAAGCAGCAGCCAGCUCGGAGAAAGAAAAGGACUCGCAGAAAAGCUCUGCACCUUCAAAAACGGAAGAGCCAUCAAAGGUCUCUCUGCGAUCUAGAUCGGAAAGGGAUGAAAAAUAUUCCAGCUAUUCACGAUCGGAAAGAGAUUCGAGGUACUCCUCCCGGUCCAGAUCAGACAGGGAGAGGAGGCGAAGCCGCUCCCGCUCCCGUCCUAGAUCUGAAAGGGGCUCUAGAACCACCUCAUCUUAUUCUAGAUCUGAGCGGUCCCAUUACUACGAUUCUGACCGGAGAUACCACAGAAGCUCACCAUAUAGAGAGAAGACACGGUAUUCCCGCUCUUACCUGGACAGCCGGGUGAGAGAGAGUUCCGAUUCGGAAGAAGAGUACCGGAGGAUGCAUUCUAGAUCGUCUACAGAUUCACGGCAUACAUCUUCUCAUUCCUCAUCUUACAGAGAUUCCAGGUCCUCGUCCUCUUACUCAAAGUCGGAGAGGGAAAGCAGCAAGACAGAUUCUGCUUAUUCCGAUGUGGAGAGAAGAGGAAAACAGGCCAGAUCAGAAAGGGGAAAACGAAGGAUUUCUGAAAGUGAAAUAUCGAAAAGGUGCUCACCUGUCAGCGAGCUGCGACAUCGGCGGGACGCCUCCCAUUCUAAAGCAGAAGGCAGCGGGAAUACAUCCCGAUCCAAGCCCACCUCUUCCAAGUCAUCUGAACCCAAGUCAGAUAAAUUUAAGAGUUCUUUCUGUUGUACAGAAUCUGAGGACAUCAAAGAUCAGUCUAAUUGUGUAGACUCGGAGACUUCUGGCGUACCAGGCUGCGAAACAAAAACCGCUCAUUCGCAGAAGCCAGAAACAGAGAGGACUUUUUCUCCAGUAAGUCAGUUCAGUGACUCACUGACAUUCGGAAAGCUGGAGGAAUCAAAAACAGGUUCUCCUCUUUCUAAGACGAAUGAACUUGCAGGAAUGGAUAGCCAUAUCAGUAUUGACCCGGGAUCUUUAGGUAACACAAGAGGUGAUCAUUUAAGAACAUCUUCUCCAGUAGAACUGGAUACAAAUGGGUCCACGGGAAGGAGGACCCCGAAGAGAUUAUCCUCUUCUUUUGAAGUAGAAGAGAUUGACCUGUCUUCUGACGAUAACUUAGAUAGACCUGAGCUACCCCGUCAAGCCAAAAGUCCUAGACUGUCAUCAGAUGGUCUCCAAAACCUAUCUCUACCCAAAGGACAUAAUCCAGACGAGUCUCUUAUUUUUUCUGGUGAAUCCAACCUUCAGCUGCUGGAAGAAAAAAUUGAGAUUUCAAAUCUUGCUUCAUCUGAAUACGUAUCUUCUUUUACCAAGCAGGUCAGUCACUCUAAAAUCUUGUCUAAGGAAGGGAGUGAUCCAAGAGAUCCCUCUUGUAAAACCAAAGAUCCCGCCCCAUGCUACUUGCCAGAGGACGCCUCUGUUUCUUUGUGUUAUUCAGAAAUUGAAAUUGAAGUGGAGCCUUCGGACACAGAAGCUACUCAAGAACCUCCUGCGGGCGUUCACGCGGAGAUCCCCGUUCAAUCCUUCACGUCAACUGACAUAGAGGAUCAAAAUCCAUCCGAGUUGGCUCAGGAAAAUGAGAAAUACACAGGUUUCAGUUCAGUGGAGCCUACCCCAGUCAGAGGUUUUAGAGCAGAAGAAUAUUUUGUGGAAGUAGACAAUCAGCACGUUGCACAGCAACAACCAGCUUCUGAAAAUAUGCUCCAUCUUGAGACUCCCAUCCAACAGAAGGCUAAAGAAGUCUUAAUGUGUUCUGAAGUUGCCCUUGAAUUAGAUAUCCUGCCUGCAGAGUCCAUUGUCCAAAAAGUGAAAUCUCCUUUGAAGAAUGAGCAUUGCUAUUAUUUAGAGAUGCCAGUGAAGGAACCAGAGAAGGAGGAACUUGAGGAGAAAGAUGCAGUUGUCUUUGAUGAAGGGACGGCGUCCGACAUGGAUGAACCAGCUCCUGGAGUUUUGGUGAUGAAAGACAAAGAAGACUCUCUGAUAGAAUCCGCCUUUUCAGAUAUGUUGUCCCCUUCUUGUCAUAUCGUCGUCACCGUAGAAGAAACCGAAACCAUAGAAGAAGAGCCCAGAUACGGUAGCGGCAGCAAUACUCCAGAAAUCUCUUCUGUCCACAAUGAAGAUUAUUCCGAUACGGCCGAAAGCGCGAGCGAGCACCCGAGCGACGAGAGCGAGACCGAGGGCUCCGAUUCGGAUGAUAGCAGCGUUCCCAGGAACCGCCUUCAAUCCGUGGUGGUCAUUCCAAAGAAUUCCACCCUGACCCUGGAAGAGAGCAGCUCGUGUUCUUCACGAAACAGUCAAAGUAAUCGACGUUACUUGGAUCACUGGGAAGACAGCCGGCCCGAGUCCACCAAGCCGUUCUCGGAAGACAUGCCGGAUAGUUUGGAAAUGAACAACAACCUGCCAAAUGAAAUCAGAGCUUUGCCUUCUAGAGACACAGAGAGAAGCUUAGCAACGUCGACAGAGCUCAAGAGAACCGAGGGGCCGGGGGGUCUUCAGCCACAGGCCUCCCAACCUCAGAGCGACGAUGUCGACAGCACCAGCCACUCCGAGCCAGCCCCCGAUGCUUUCCAUAAGCCGGACGAGAGAAUCGUCUAUAGCGAGACAACCUCGGUCACUCGGUCGGUCGGCGCGUCCCAAGGAGACGACCUACACUACCUUUCCGGAUUUGAAAUGACCAACACGAUGUCCAGGUCGCAGGCCGACGUUUCCAAGCCGGACCGUAGGCAGGGAAGGUCUGCGUUUGCGGGUCUUUCCCAUCCUGCCGAUUUCUCGCGGGAGGACGGCUUUCAUUCAACGGAGGACUUGGGGAGUUUAGGGUGGGAUUUCUCCCAACCCGAGAAGCCCAGCAGCACAUACCAACAACCUGAUAGUAGCUAUGGAGUUUUCCCAGGUUAUGUUUACCCCCCACCGCCAGGCCCGUAUAUGGGGUCUCACGGUUAUUGGCCUGACAGUGGCUACUGGGAUCCAAGGCUGACCAACCGGCCUUCUGCAAUUAGUUACGAGCGUAUACAAGGACAAGUCCCUGAUUCGCUCACCGAGGAUCACGAGGAGUACGAAGAAGUGGACCGAUGGGUGGACGAAAGCCAACUCUAUUUCCCUGACCAGUCGGUGAAGUUCCAGUCACGGGACCCCAGGGAAAAGGGGUCAGUGCAGGCCCACGAGAUCAGCAGCAACUCGGCCAAAGACUUCCCAACGACAUCCCGAGAGAGAAAAGAACAAGGGGCAAAGGCGAUGGAAAGAAAUGACAUGAAAGAGCGGGGGCCGCUAAAGAAAAGGUUAACCGACUUGGGGAGCGAUUCGGAGAGCGACGGGGGCUCCCAGGAAAGGAAGAAAACCAAAACAGAGAGUGAGCCGUUGCCCAUCCUGCCUCCGGGUUCCCCGACGGAUCAUCCGUUGUGUUUCAUGGAAGACUUCCGGGACCCCCAGCGUUGGAAGGAAUGUGCCAAGGAAGGGAAAAUGCCCUGCUACUUCGACCUCAUUGAAGAGAAUGUGUAUUUGACAGAAAGAAAAAAGAACAAGUCGCACCGGGACAUCAAGCGGAUGCUGUGCGAAUGUCCAACCGUUUCCAAAGAAGAAAUAGUCCAGGGAGAGGUGGCGUGCGGAGAGGAUUGUCUGAACCGUUUGCUGAUGAUCGAAUGUUCCUCAAGGUGUCCCAACGGAGAGCAUUGUUCGAAUCGGCGGUUUCAGAGGAAGCAACACGCAGACGUGGAAGUCAUUUUGACGGAGAAGAAAGGCUGGGGGCUCAGAGCGGCCAAGGACCUCCCUUCUAACACCUUUGUCCUGGAGUACUGCGGAGAAGUCCUGGAUCACAAAGAAUUCAAAACCCGAGUGAAGGAAUACGCCCGAAACAAGAACAUCCAUUAUUACUUCAUGGCCUUGAAAAACGAUGAAAUAAUCGAUGCCACGCAAAAAGGAAAUUGCUCUCGUUUCAUGAACCACAGCUGCGAGCCAAAUUGUGAGACACAGAAGUGGACAGUGAAUGGACAGCUGAGGGUUGGCUUUUUCACCACCAAGCUAGUAACUUCUGGCUCUGAGCUAACCUUCGACUACCAGUUCCAGCGAUAUGGCAAAGAAGCCCAGAAAUGUUUCUGUGGUUCCGCCAACUGUCGGGGUUAUCUGGGUGGAGAGAACCGGGUCAGCAUUCGCGCUGCGGGAGGCAAAAUGAAAAAGGAACGGUCGCGUAAAAAAGAUUCGGUGGAUGGAGAAUUAGAAGCUCUGCUAGAGAACGGCGAAGGGCUUUCUGAUAAGAAUCAAGUCCUCAGUUUGUCCCGCUUGAUGGUGCGAACCGAGACACCUGAACAAAAGCUCACCUGUCUCAAACUCAUCCAGAACACCCAUUCUCAGGCCUGUCUGAAGUCCUUCCUGGAGUGCCACGGCCUGUCCCUCCUCUGGAUCUGGAUGGCAGAGCUCGGGGACAGCAGAGGAAACACAGCCAACAGUCUGAAACUGCAGCUGGAGAUCAUCAAGACGUUGGAGCUCCUGCCCAUCCCUAACAAGAACAUGCUGGAGGAGAGCAAAGUCCUUCCGAUCAUCCAGCGCUGGGCCCGGACCAAAUCGGCUGUCCCACAACUGAGCGAAGGAGACGGUUAUUCCAGCGAGAACACCUCCCGGGCUCACACGCCCCUCAACACGCCCGACCCGUCUUCCAAGCCGAUCCUGGAGGGCGAGGUGGACACCCCGAAGAAGGCGGCCUUCCGGAGGGUCAAGAUCAUCAGUGAGAACAGCAUGGACAGCGCCCUCUCGGACACCGCCAGCGAGAUGGAGCUGAAGGAGAACAAGGAAGACCUGGAGCAUCCCGACUACCUCCCGGCCGAAGCCGCGGACGAGCAUCCCUUGGAGCAGGAGACGGUCAAGGAGCCCCCCACCGAAGACUUGAUGGACGCCACCCAGGUUCCCGCUGCUGACCAGGAGGCAGAGCCCGAGGGGGAGAGCAAGGAGAGCAUCAUCCCCAAGCUGGAAGACCCCGUGGCUGCCGAGACCCCCUCUCAAGACGAAGAGGAAGGGGUCUCUGAUGCGGAGAGCGAACGGAGUCAGGAACCGGCCGACAAGCUGCUGGACCUCAGCGACCUGGCUACCAAGCUGCUGGACUGCUGGAAAGACCUCAAAGAGGUGUACCGGAUCCCAAAGAAGAGUCAAGUGGAAAAGGAGACCAGUGAGCACGGGAGAGAGGCGGUGGGCCGAGACACCCCGGCCACCCCCAAAAACCAGAGCAGAGAACGUGACCCCGAAAGGCAGAGCAAAGAGAAGAAAAAACGGAGAGAGUCCUUGUCCCCCCCGUCGGCCUAUGAGCGAGGCACCAAGCGACCGGAUGACCGGGGCUACGGGGCCUCCCACCCCCCGUUCAUGGGGUACCCCCCGGGUUACCCCAUGCAGUCCUACGUGGACCCCACCAACCCCAACGCCGGCAAGGUGCUGCUCCCCACGCCCAGCAUGGACUCCAUGUGCUCGCCGGCCUCGUACGAGCCCGCGCAGACCCUGGUGGGCCACGCCAUGGAGCCCAGCCUGGCUGCUUCACAGCCCAUGCCCGUGGUCCAGCAUGUGGCAACCCCCAUGGAGGUGUCCACGCCCCAGUACGUGGCCCCGAGCGACCCCAUGGUCCACCAGGAGCCCAGCGUGGCUGUCUUGCCAGUAGCGGCGCCUGGUCCGGUCCAGGGACAAAGCUACGGCAUCUGGGACUCCAGCCAGACGACCGUGGCGGUGCAGCCCCCCUACUCUCCGGCCCAGUCUCAGCCCGCCAUCUAUUACCAAGGACAGGCCUGUCCGACGGUCUAUGGCGUCACCUCGCCUUAUUCGCAGACCACACCGCCCAUCGUGCAGAGUUACGCCCAGCCAAGUCUUCAGUACAUCCAAGGACAACAGAUUUACACCACCCAUCCUCCCAGCGUGGUGGUGCAACCCACGACCGCCGUCACCACUAUUGUCACCACCGGGCAGCCCCCGCCAAUCCAACAGCCAGAAAUGGUGGUGGCCAACAACCUCUUGGACCUGCCUCCUCCCUCUCCUCCCAAGCCCAAAACCAUCGUCCUGCCCCCCAACUGGAAAACGGCCCGCGAUCCCGAGGGCAAGAUCUACUACUACCACGUGGCCACCAGGCAAACCCAGUGGGACCCUCCCAACUGGGACAGCCCAGAGGAUGACGCCAGCCUGGAGCACGAAGCCGAAAUGGAUCUUGGCACACCGACGUACGACGAGAAUCCCAUGAAGUCUUCCAAAAAGCCCAAAACUGCUGAGGCAGACACUUCCAGCGAACUGGCUAAGAAGAGCAAAGAGGUCUUCCGUAAAGAGAUGUCUCAGUUCAUUGUGCAAUGCCUGAACCCCUAUCGCAAACCUGACUGCAAAGUGGGGCGCAUCACCACAACGGAGGACUUCAAGCACCUGGCACGCAAGCUCACUCACGGUGUGAUGAACAAGGAGCUCAAAUACUGCAAGACGCCCGAAGACCUGGAAUGCAACGAGAACGUCAAACACAAAACGAAGGAAUACAUCAAGAAAUACAUGCAGAAGUUUGGCAUCGUGUACAAACCCAAAGAAGACACCGACAUGGAGUAGGAUAUACAUACACACAUAUAUAAAAGUUCUUAGGGACUCGAUUCUCUCCUUUUCCUGAGCAGGGUUCACAUACUGUUGUGGGUCUGAAUACACAAAACACAGAUCUGGCCACACAAACGGUCUCCUUUCCAAGAUGAAUUUGGAGGCCGGCGCAGCAGAAACAGUGGCGAGCAAAUGUGUUUGCCACAGCCAUCCCUGCUCACAACCAGCUCACUUUGCAAUCAGACCCCAAAAUUGACCACUAGGGCGGUGCUUCCCGUGCGCAACACAAUGUGUGAGUCCAUCCCCUCUCCCCACUGAGGUCUGUACAAUAUUCUAUGUGAAUAUAUUGAAUUCCUUGAUUUCCCCCCCCCCACCCCUCUUUUGUUAGGCCCGGCCUCUUUUUUUUUGCAGCCCAACACCUGUUGAUAUCAUGGGAACACUUUGUAAGAAUAGUUUUGGAAAAAAACAAAAAGAAAAAAAAAGAGGAGGGUUUGUUAUUUUCUCUUCCAUUUUCUGUUUCCUUCAGAUUUUUUCAGUUUCUUGUGUGUUUUUUUCCUCCAUUGUUCUCUGCAAGUUUUCAUGUGUUAUCAUGUAAAUAUUUGCAAAGAGGCCAGCUCAAGGUUUUCAGGCAGGCAGGCCGCAGCUCUCUGUUGAUAAGAUUGAUUUACUGCUUUAAAAUCAUUUUACUUUCUCCAAUUUUUACGAAAGUUUUUAUG